AUGGUCAAACAUGUGUUUAAAAGUUAGUGACACCAUCUAUUAAAAAAGCGGAGGGAGUAUAUACGGAUUUAGUCCUCUUUGGAUUUUUGUACUAUAAUUUCUUCUUUCGAAAUUUGUAUGAAAAAAAUAUAGAAUAGAUUUUUAUCGACAAGAUAAUUAUGAAGCAAAAGACUUAGGAGUGUUUUUUUCCUCUUACUAUUAUGGAUUAUGAAGGGCAUGCUUCACAAGCUUAUGGUUUAUUAUUUGAUUUGUUUUAAAUCAGUACAUCAACUUUAUAAUAUUUAAUCCAUUCAUUUAAGCUCUGAAAUAAUUGUUAUACACCAGUUUCAUCUAUAGUCCAUCAUCUAUCGAAACUUAAUGCUGCAGGAGCAUCGUCAAUCGAAACUUAAAUACUGCAGGAGAUUAGGCUAAUAGGAUGAUAUGCAAAAUAGAAUAUUUGAUGAAAAUCGAGAUAACUCUUAAAAAAUCCUGUAAAAUUUUCAUAUUCUAAACACACCUUGAAAAAUUUACACGUGUUAUCUAGCGCGCCAUACUAAAGGUGUGCUCUACGACGUUUGACGUGACUUUUAAAAAUUAUAAAAAAGAAACCUAAUGAGACCAUAAACUAUAAAAACUACAGGAUCCAAUUUUUAAAUGUUUCAAGGAGAAUAAAUAUAAGCAUGUAGAUCGGGGAAGCAUAUAAAGAAGGUGUGACAAAAAAAGUAAGGGGUAGCAUCUGACGUGAUUUUUAAGAAUCAUAAAAUUAAAACAUGAGGAUGAUAAGGUUUGGUCUUUCAAAAUCGUAAGACAAUGAAAUAGCGAUUUAACAAAUUUUAAGUAAAAUCAUAUUAAAAAAUAGAUAACUCUGUAUUGUUGUUAGCCGCGCAGCUAGUUACAAGUAGGAGUAGAAGAAAUCCGAAGAGCUUGCUAAACUAGCCACGAGGACACGCUUAUAACCAAGAAAAAAAAAUACUUGGCAGACCUGAUUACCGUGAGUAAAGGAAAGCUUGAACAGGUUCGCUGUCAAUCUUUUUUCCAAACGUUGUCGGUGACAAAAAUUUCAAAGUCAAAAUUCCGUGUCCAUGUGAAUGCAUGCAUCUACAGACUUACGGUUAUACCAGGUCAUAGAGAUUCCAUUUUUCCAUAGACCAACACUGUGUUUAGUUCCACGCCAAAAUUGAAAGUUUGAAAAAAUUGAAACGGUGUGACAGAAAAAUUGAAAGUUUGUGUGUGUAGGAAAGUUCGAUGUGACGGAAAAGUUGAAAGUUCGAAGAAAAAAGUUAGAAUCAAAACAGGGCCACUCAGGUAUCUUCUUUUCUUUAGGACUACACUCAGGUAUCGAGUCCUGAAUUCUAGAACAAGGGGGAAUUUUUAAAAAUCUCACACAUUAGAGUUCAGUUCCUAUAAAAGACAAGGAAAAAGAACAAUUCUUGCAUCACAAAUGGUAUUGCAAUAGGAAAUUAUUUCUUCUGUAAGAGUCAAUACAAUCCACUCAUCCAGUACCACCAUACUUAGACGAGCUUUCCAUAAUCAUCAGUAACCAGAAAAAGAAAAGGGAGAACCUAGGCUUCCCCUUUUCAAAAUAAACUUUACGCGGAUUCAGAAAGAUAUUUUCGCUAGUAUUUAGUCCUAGACAAAGCUCGUUCCACACCACAGUCCACACAAUCAAAACAAGGACCGUUCUCAUUGAAAAAAAGGAUAAAGAAAAUUAUCAAAUGAUCAGUAAGAAACAAAUGGAUAAACUUUUGGCCAUUUACCAGUCUUCAGAAGCAAAAAUGCUUGUGGAGGAAGACUUAAAUGAUCCUUGACCCCAGAUUAGAAUAGCGCUCUUCUAGUGCUACAUAAAUACAGAACAAAUGCAUCAUUCCCUUCCUUCUUCCAUCUCUGAAGCCAAUCAUAUAUCUCAUACACUUAUGCACCUGAUGUAAUGGAAACAAUUCCCUGCCUCAUCCUCUUUUCGUCACUACAGAUUCUGGCAUUCUCUUCUGCAUCACCAGAGCAUACACUGGGUACCGGCUCAUUCUUAUCGGUAGAAGAAUAUGAGAAACCAUUUCUCAUCUCACCCAGCAAUACUUUCUCCUUUGGUUUCUACGAAACAGGUGACAACGCCUUCUCCCUCUCCAUCUGGUUCACCAAUACAGUCGAAAAAACCGUUGUUUGGGCAGCAAACUCAGAAUCACCAGUGAAUGGUCAUGGCUCCAAGCUAUCCUUUACUCAGGAGGGUAGCUUAGUCCUCAGCGAUGAGAAGGGCUUCGUUGUGUGGGAUAGCAAGACAAUGCUAGGACAGGAUUCUCGAGUUGCUCUACUUGAUACAGGCAAUCUUGUCAUCACUGAUUCCAAGGGUAGUGUUGUGUGGCAAAGCUUUGAUUCACCCACUGAUACCUUGCUACCUUUGCAGCUCCUUACCAAGGACAAAAGGUUGGUGUCUGGUUACUAUAGCCUCUACUAUGACACUGAUAAUGUCCUCCGGCUCAUAUAUAAUGGACCAGAGAUUUCAAGUCCCUAUUGGCCAAACCCAUCUGAGUCAAUUUUUGAUUUUGGACGAACUAACUACAACAGCUCCAGGAUUGGAGUCCUCGACAAUACUGGUCAUUUCACGUCAAGUGAUGGCCUAAACAUCAUUGCUUCUGACUCAGGUCUUGGAAUAAACAGAAGGCUCACAAUUGAUCAAGAUGGCAAUCUCAAGUUGUACAGCUUAAAUAAAGUGGAAAAAAGCUGGAUAGUCACAUGGGAGGCCAUGCCGCAGCACUGUGACGUUCAUGGACUAUGUGGGAGAAAUAGCAUAUGUGAGUAUUCUCCUGGUCCUCGGUGUUCCUGUCUUCCAGGUUAUGAGAUGGCUGAUCUAGAGAAUUGGAGCAAAGGUUGUCAGCCAAUGUUCACAAACAACUACGGCCAAGCCAUAGGGCAAGUCAUAUUUGUCGAGAUGCGUCAUGUUGAAUUUUAUGGAUAUGAUACGGGAUUUAAUAUAUCCGUUUCACUGGAAGAUUGUGAGGAAUUUUGUUCUCAACAACGUUCCUGUGUUGCCUAUUCAUACCAUGCCGGAAGUGGUUAUUGCUAUACUAAAGGUAUGCUCUACAACGGCCGGAAGACUCAAUCCAUUACUGGAAGCACAUAUUUCAAGCUACCCAAAACUUGCAAUAUCUCAGAGGUGAAACAACAUGGCUUGACAUGCAGACAUUCACAUUCUACAUAUGAAAUGCAUCGACAACACGGAAAGUGGUUGUAUUUCUAUACAUGUGCUGCAAUAUUUGGAGGGCUAGAGUUGUUCUUCACAACAACAGCUUGUUUAUUUCUUCGAAGCAAACAGAAUAUUCCAAAGUCAGUGAUGGAUGGUUAUGAAUUGAUGACUGAGCACUUCAGGAAAUUCUCAUACAGAGAAUUGAAGGAGGCUACAGGAAAUUUUAAGGAAGAGCUUGGAAGAGGUGGUUCUGGAGUUGUUUAUAGAGGCGUACUUGACAGAAAGAAAGUUGUGACAGUGAAAAGAUUAACAAAUGCAACAGAAGCUGAAGAGGAGUUUCAAUCAGAAAUAAGUGUGAUUGGCAGGAUAAAUCAUGUUAAUUUGGUAAGGACUUGGGGCUAUUGCUCAGAAGGCAAACAUAAACUAUUGGUUUAUGAUUAUGUGGAGAAUGAGUCACUGGACAAGCAUCUCUUUGAGAGCAUAGAUGCAAAAAAAUUACUUCGAUGGAACCAGAGGUUCACCAUCGCAUUGGGAACAGCAAGGGGCUUGGCAUACCUCCACCAUGAGUGCCUUGAGUGGGUUGUUCAUUGUGAUGUGAAGCCAGAAAACAUACUCUUGACCCAGGACUUUGAAGUUAAAAUAGCAGACUUUGGCCUAGCGAAGCUAUCCAAAAGGGAUUGCUCUUGUUUGCAAUUAUCCCAUAUGAGAGGAACAGUAGGAUACAUGGCUCCUGAAUGGGCGUUGAAUUUGCCCAUUAACGCAAAGGUUGAUGUUUUUAGCUAUGGAAUUGUGCUUCUUGAAAUUGUGAUGGGAGCUAGGAUUUCUAGUCAGACAACAACAGAAGGGGAGAAACUGGAUUUGACACAAAUUGUGGAAGCACUAAAGCAAGUUGUAGCUUGUGGAGAUGUUACACACAUAGUGGAUGCUAAGCUGCAUGGACAAUUUAACCAUCUCCAGGCCAUGGAAAUGGUGAAGAUUUCCUUAUCAUGCAUAGGAGAAAGGACAAAGAGGCCAACAAUGGAUGAAAUUACCAAAGCUCUGAUGGCAUGUGGUGAUGAAGACAAGUAUGCUGACUGCACAGAAUAGUAUGUAACACAUAAAUGCAAACCAGUCUCAUCGAAUUAAUCAAAUGUUACUUCAAAAGUAUAAAGGCGAAGCAAAAGGACCAUUCAAGAGUCAGGGAUGUAAAAAGUAGCACAAGCCAACUUACAACUUGUUCAUGCCAAUGAAUGCUAUUACUACCUCUGUUUCAGGUAUAAGACUUUUUAGCAUUGCCCACAUUCAUAUAGAUAUUAAUGAAUCUAGGCACACAUAUAUAUCUAGAUUCAUUAACAUAUAUAUGAAUGUGGGCAAUGCUAGAAAGUCUUAUAAUAUGAAAUGGAGAAAGUAGUAUUUACGAAUGAUGUAUGUUUGUAGAUUAAGAAUUCUCUUUAAUUAUCUUUUUCCAGUUA